UCCAGUCAAGCGGCGGUACAGGAGGUAAGUGGGGGAGUGGAUGGAAACGAUUUGUGGCUGCGAGGAGCGUCUUCUCUGCACUUUUUGGGACAAAUGGAUGCAGCAUGUCGCCGUCGUGACGAUAAUCUCGAAAAAGUUGUUAUUUUAUGUGUGACAUCCCGCAUCCUCUGUCACCCUGGCAACCAGCCUUCAUCCCCAUCAUCCUCCCGGCAGGCAGGCAGCAUCCCUCAUCAGCUGCUUUGUCCUCUCUUCUCAUCGCUCUCCUCUUAAGACUUUGAACUUGGCGCUCCUCAUCAUCGCUCCUUUUACGUUCCCGGAGAGGUUGAUGCGUCGAGGUCAAGAUGCCUGUGAGACGCGGUCACGUCGCCCUCCAGAACACUUACCUGGACACCAUCAUCAGGAAAUUUGACGAGCAGAAUCGCAAGUUCUUGAUCGCCAAUGCUCAGAUGAAGAACUGCGGCAUCAUCUUCUGCAACGAAGGCUUCUGCCAGAUGUUCGGUUUCACUCGUGCCGAGAUCAUGCAGCAGCCUUGCACCUGCCAGUUCUUGGUGGGUCCCGGAACCAUGAAAAGCGCCCUGGCCCAGCUGGCCCAGGCCCUGCUGGGCUCCGAGGAGCGCAAGGUGGAGAUCCUGUACUACUCCAAGGAAGGCACGUGCAGACCCUGCAUGGUGGACAUCGUCCCUGUCAAGAACGAAGAAAGUGUGGUCAUCAUGUUCAUCUUGGACUUCCAGGAGCUCGUUGACCCGACGCUCAAGAAGUCGGGCCUGAGACAAAGAGUCAACCAAGGAUGGGUCUACUGUCAGAACCGCAGGUUGAAGAUGAGGCUACCGGUGCUGCACUCCAAGCGGCGUCCAUCGCUGUCCAAAGAUCAGUUUGAGGGGGUGGUUGUGGACUACCUGCAGCCCAAUAGUGAAGAUGUCCCCCUGAAGGAGUUCCGCAUCCCGUCCAAGGAGAGCUGCAUGCAGUCAGAGACGGAGGCCCUCAUAGAACAGGACCUGGACCCCCCGACCCCGACCCCGACCGCCCAGCCCUCUGCCAUGCGGCGUUCCUUGCUAACUGAGCGGCUGGACCCAGGUGUCCCCUUCCCCAUCGGGAUUUUGCCCCGGAGUUGUUCCCGGGACAGCGUGCGAAGCCUGAGACGCGCCUCCUCGCUGGACGACAUCGACGGGAUGAAGGCGGAGUGGAACACUCGGCCAGGAGAAACACAGAAUAACACCAAUCUGAAGCCAAGCGUGCUCAGCUCCACGUCCGACUCGGACCUGAUGAGGCACAGAACCAUCAGGACCAUCCCCCAGUUGACCCUCACCUUCGGCUCGGACCGCGUGAGACCCCCCUCGCCCACUGAGAUUGAAAUCAUCGCCCCCAGCAAGGUCAAAGAUCGGACCCAGAACGUCACCGAGAAGGUCACCCAGGUCACACAGGUGUUGUCCCUGGGCGCCGACGUGCUUCCUGAGUACAAACUCCAGGCGCCGCGCAUCCACAGGUGGACCAUCCUCCACUACAGCCCCUUCAAGGCGGUGUGGGACUGGGUCAUCCUGCUGCUGGUCAUCUACACGGCCAUCUUCACGCCCUACUCGGCCGCCUUCCUGCUCAACGAGGUGGAGGAGGACCGCAGGAGGACCUGCGGCUACACCUGCAACCCUCUCAACGUGGUAGACCUGGUGGUGGACGUCAUGUUCAUCGUGGACAUCCUCAUCAACUUCCGGACCACCUACGUCAACCACAACGACGAGGUGGUCAGCCACCCCGGCCGUAUCGCCCAGCAUUACUUCAAGGGAUGGUUCCUUAUCGACAUCGUGGCCGCCAUCCCCUUCGACCUGCUCAUCUUCCGCUCUGGCUCUGAGGAGCCCCAAACGACCACUCUGAUCGGCCUGCUAAAAACGGCGCGGCUGCUGAGGUUGGUGCGCGUGGCUCGCAAGCUGGACCGCUACUCGGAGUACGGCGCCGCCGUCCUCUUCCUCCUCAUGUGCACCUUCGCCCUCAUUGCUCACUGGCUGGCGUGCAUCUGGUACGCCAUCGGCAACGUGGAGCGCACCAGCUCGGCCCGCAUGGGCGCCUUGAAGAUCGGCUGGCUGGACAACCUGGCCGAGCAGAUCGGCAAACAGUACAACGACAGCGACGUGGCGUCGGGGCCGUCCAACAAGGACAAGUACGUCACAGCGCUCUACUUCACCUUCAGCAGCCUCACCAGCGUCGGCUUUGGCAACGUGUCGCCCAACACCAACCCCGAGAAGAUCUUCUCCAUCUGCGUCAUGCUCAUCGGCUCUCUGAUGUACGCCAGCAUCUUCGGCAACGUGUCGGCCAUCAUCCAGAGACUCUACUCGGGUACGGCCCGCUACCACACCCAGAUGCUGCGGGUCAAAGAGUUCAUCCGCUUCCACCAGAUUCCAGGAGGCCUGAGGCAGAGGUUGGAGGAGUACUUCCAACACGCCUGGUCUUACACCAACGGCAUCGACAUGAACGCUGUGAGUGAGGACGUCCGACUGAAUGGCGGACACUCCCUCACUGUUACAAUCUCCUGUGUUUGCAUUCAGGUGUUGAAAGGUUUCCCCGAGUGUCUGCAGGCCGACAUUUGCCUCCACUUGAACCGCAGCCUCCUGCAGCAAUGCAAAGCCUUCCGGGGCGCCAACAAAGGAUGCCUGCGCGCUUUAGCCGUGCGCUUCAAGACCACACACGCCCCACCUGGCGACACCCUGGUCCACAGCGGGGACAUUCUCACCGCCCUCUACUUCAUCUCCAGAGGAUCCAUUGAAAUCCUGCGGGACGACAUUGUGGUAGCCAUACUGGGAAAGAACGACAUCUUCGGCGAGUCCCUCAGCCUGUACGGGAGGCCCGGGAAAUCCAGCGCUGACGUGCGGGCCCUGACCUACUGCGAUCUUCACAAGAUCUUCAAGGACGACCUGCUGGAGGUUCUGGAUAUGUAUCCUGACUUUGCUGAAACCUUUUGGAACAACCUGGAGGUUACCUUUAACCUGACAGAUGCAGAUCGAGUAAACCAGUCAACCCCGAGCAAGGACUCUGACUAUGGCUGCAGGACGACGAGGCACCGCCGAGGCUCCCCGCGACGUCGCAACAGACCCGAUGGCAUGGACCGAGAGGACCCCUACCCGGACCAGGCGUGUCCCAUGGCCAACCAUCACCGAGGCUCCAUGGCGGGACCGCGCUGGGACGAGCGGUGCAGCAGCGACAGUUUCUCUUCCGAGUCCAGCGACGAGGACAUGAAACGGGUGAGACGCAGCAAAGGGGAGGUGUACACCUCUGGAGAUGCCAGAGAGUACCCCCCGGCGGUUAUCAACCUCCUGCCUCACAGCAGACCCUCAGCAGGCAUGGGCAAGCCCGUAGACCUUGGAGGUCCGCCGUACUCAGUCACUUCCACAGCAGCAGUCCCUGUCAGUAUGUCAGGACUCUACGGAUACUGGCCAGACCGCAGAGCCAGUCAGUUCUCAGAGACCCAAAGGCGCUCAUCGUCAGCCAGGAACACUUUCCAUCCUCCUCCUUGUGCUGAGGAUCGGCCAAGUGAGCUGCAAUCCCGACUGGAGCUUCUACAAUCGCAGUUAAAUAGGCUGGAGAGCAGAAUGACAGCAGACAUCACCGUCAUCCUGCAGCUGCUCCAAAGGCAGAUGGCGCCCGUGCCCCCCGCCUACAGCGCCUUGUCACCUGGCCCUCAUCCACCUCCUCAUCCACCUCACCCUACCACCUUGUACGGCGGCGGCCCUCAGGCCAUCCACGCCGUUCCUGCGAUGCCGCCGGUCCAGAUGGACAGCACCGCCUCGCUGAUAGAGAGUCCAGUGUCGGACUUCAAGCACAAGUCCAAGGACUCGCUGUCCAGCGGGAUCCACGUUACGGUGGCCUCUGACGACACCAUGUCAAUGUCCCCCGAGGCGGAGCCUCCACGUCUGCCUUCAGUGGACCUCACACCUCCUCGGCUGGAGCCUACACCACUGCUGUGUGGCAGCCAGCGCUUCCCCUCCCUGCCCGAGCACCUGGAGACCUCCUCGCAGGUGCAGGAGAUCCAGAGGCACGUCUCGGACCCUGUCCUGCCCGGCAGCUAGAACACCACCAGCAGGAGGUCUGGACUGUUGGACUUGUUCCUCACUCUUCCUCCUCAUUCUCCUCCUCAUCUUCCUGUCAAGGAGCAUCCAGGCAGCAGUGAAAACACAAAAAUAUAUAUUUGUAAACGAAGAAAGUCACGAAAUAUUUUUUCAAAAUAAGUCGUAAUUACCAGGAUAAAUUUCAAAUAUUACAAGAUACAUUUUGGCAGGAAAUAAUUUGUUUGCGUGAAAAAGGUAAAAAUGAUUUGAGGAUAAAGGUCAUCAUUUUAGGCAAAAAAGUUGUAAUACCAUAUUUCUUUGAAUUGCCGCAGGGGCGCUAAUUAAUUUAAAACCUCUUCUCACUCCUGCGCUUACCAAAGGCAUGCGGUAAAAAUAAGCAUGCGCUAAUUAUUUUAAAACCUCUUCUCACUCCGGAACUUACCAAAGGCAUGCAGUAAAAAAUUGAGUGUGAUGUAUGCUUAGACCUUAAAUACUACUGAAUAGCUCUUAAUCUUCUUCCCUUUAUGCGAUUUCAAAUUACCGGUAUUGAAAUCAGCCUCCUCCAUUUUGAAAAUUAUGACAGGGGAAGUGUUACUUGUGACGUCACAAGUUUGACCAGGCGGUAAUACUAAGCAUGCGCGAAUUAUUUUGGGAGGCGAAUUUGACCCGGCAGUAAUUCCAGGCAAGCGCAUACUAUAUGCCCUGCGGCAAUUCAAGGAAAUACGGUAUAUGGAAUGAAAUCGUCAAAAAAAAAACAUUAAAAAUAGGUUGCAAAUUUUGAAAGAGAGUUUAAAAAAAACAGAUUUUUUUUUUUAGAAACACAUAUCCAGCAGUACAACAUAAAUAUUAGCAGAAAAAAAUAUAUUCAUAUGAAAAAGGUAAAAAAAUAUAUAUAUUUUGAGGGUAAAGGUCAUCAUUUUUGGCAAAAAAAAAUGUUAUAUCCCGAAAUAAUUUUGUCAUGAAAAAAAGUUUUAAGAAAUAUUUAAAUGCAUUUGCAAGAAAGUACAAAACCAAACAUAAUUUUACAAAAAAAAAAACGUCCCCAGUAAUUGAGAUAUUGCAAGUUGUAUAAUACAUUUGUAUGCAAAAAAAAGGUAAUUGUAGGUUAGAAAGGAUUACAAAGAUUACAUUUUCCUGAAUAACAUUGUAAUAUUACAUAAAUGUAAGCAAAACAAAUAUUUUAACAUGAAAAAUGUAUAAAUAUUUUAAGGAUAAAGGUCAUCAUUUUAGGCACAAAGUUGAAAUAUUACCAAAUAAAGUUGUCAAGAAAAAGUUUUGGGGAAAUAGAUUGCAAGUUUUGAAAGAAACUACCAGAACAGUCAUAAUUUUACAAGAAAAAAAAAGGCAUUUCCAGGAAGUUGAGAUAUUGCAAGACAAGGGACAAGCGGUAGAAAAUGGAUGGAUGGAAGUUGUUUUUAAUGCAAAAUAAGUAAUUGUAGGUGAAAAGAUUAACUUUACCUGAAUAUGUUGAUAUAUUGCAAGAUAAACAAAUAAAUACAUUUACAGGACACAAUAUUCAAGUCAAUGUUUUUCUUCUAACUUGAUCCAUAAUAUUUUCCUAUUUUCCUUUUCAAUGCUGUUUGGCCUUUUUCCCCAACUUCCCUCUUAAGGACUCAGCAGCGCCCUCUGUGGCCGUUCUGCGCCACUGUCCCUGUUUUGACUAAGCGACGCAGCAGUGACCCCGCCUGGCCACUGUGCGCUAUUGUUCCUCCUCUGACCGCAUGUUGCACCAAAAGAGAUUAUUUUAAAGAAGACAUUAUUUUCAAGAAAAGAUUAUUCUAAGGGAGAAAUGCUUGGCGGAUGUGAGAGAUGACAGAAAAGACACAUUUUUUGCACAUUUAAACGUCAAGCAUAGAAAAAUGUAAUCUUUGUAGAGAAAAGUCACUUGUAGCCUAAAAAGUGUAAGAAAGGAGUGUGAAAAGUGUGAGUUUGCUGUUUUGGUGGAACACUGGAAGAGAUUCAUCAAUUUUAUCUCAUCUUUCUGACCUCUUUCUCCACUUCACGUUUGGCUCAUAUUUCCAUGGUGGCCCUUUUCUGGCUCUUAUGUGUUCUGUUUUCAUGAAGUGAUGUUUGACAAAACUUAUUUUGACUCACAGACUGUCGACGCUGUGGAACAACGCGUGGCGGUGAUGGUCAAGUCUGUCCAUCGAUAGAAAGAAAGAUGCUGUGUCCUUUCUAAUAACUUUUUAAAUACAUUUGUAAUCCCAUGUCAAGCACAAAAACUCCUUCUGUUUUUUUUUUGUUUUGUUUUUUUUUAGAUUAAAGACAUAGACUUCAA